GACGUCAAAGCAACGUACCCCUCCCCGCCGGUGUAGAGCAACGGUCAUAGCGUCAACAUGGCGUCGUUGGAUGUCAUUGUGGAUAAGUUGGUGGUACUGUGGAGGAUACCGGCCGUCCGACAGAAGUUCCCCUGGAGUUUUUUGCUCAUCUCGGUCGUGGGGUCCGUCCUGAAAGAGCUGGAGUUCGUUCCGCAGACGUAUUUCAGCAGCAGCAAAAACGCCCUGAACGUGUAUUUUGUUAAAGUGUCCUGGGGCUGGACGCUGCUGCUGCUAACCCCCUUCCUCCUCCUCUCCAAUGCCUCCUUCAACAGGAGUGUCUCCUUUCUCGCCCGGCGGCUGCUUUCUCUGGUGGUGGCAACAGCUGUCUGGUACGUCUGCACAGAGACCUUCUUCUACAUCGAGGAUGUGACCGGUUCUUGUUAUGAAAACAGCUUGGUAAAGGUUGAUUACAAGGAGUUCACAUCGAAAGCUGUCUGCAGGCGGGCUGGAUUCCACUGGGUUGGCUAUGACAUCUCAGGACACUCCUUCAUUUUGGCGUACUCCACCCUCUUCAUCAUGGAGGAAAUUGCCCCGAUGAGCUCUCUCAAUACCACCAGCUUGUCUGGACUUCCCAGGAAGGUCUUGAGCCUGCUGUAUAUAGCCUUGAAUCUUAUCAUGAUCAUUUGGGUGUGGAUGUUCACGUGCACCUCUGUUUAUUUCCAUGACCCAUCUCACAAGUUGUUAGGAACCAUAUGCGCCCUGCUGGGGUGGUAUUUAACAUAUCGGGUUUGGUAUGUAAAGCCAAUGUCACCAGGACUUCCCCCUCAGCGCCACCCAAAAGAACAGAAGCCGCAUGCCUAAGCUGAACACUCAAGUAAAAUCAUCCUCAAAAUAACACACUACAUUUGACGCUAUCUGCAUCCAGGUCCAAGCCAGCAACUCUACUUGAAGCUAUUUUAAAUAAUUCCCCUCUUCACAGGCUGGCCACCUUGUACACAAUGACUUACUUGCAAUUCUUCAUCUGUUUGGCAGCUGCUGAUCCCAAAAUGACUUGUAAUCUGAGAUAAAAGCACAGGGCUGCUCUGCUGCCCAGCUUCAGUCCUCUCACCUUCAGCCUCAAGGUUCGCUAUUAUUUGCCUGACUUAUAGUGCGUUAUUCCAAACUGAGUAUUUGCAGUUUUUAGAUAUGUAUGGGAACAGUUGAGAAUGUUUACAGCUCCAGUUGUAUAGCACUGAUGAUGUGUGUUUUUUGCAAACCAAUGUACAGUAAAUGUUCAUUGUUAUUUAUUUAGAAAGCUUUGAACAAGUCAUUGUAAUCCAGUGAAGCUGCAUUUCAUCCUACGUAUAAUAUUUGAAAUCUGUUUUUUUUUUUAUUGUGAAUGAUUUGGGGUCAAAGUAACUGUGUGUCAACAUUAUGUGUAGUUUAAGUUUGUUCAGGGAUGUAGAAUGUGGUUAGGAAUAAGAAUUUUAAUAUAUUUAAUUAAGAAAUAAUAUUAAGGUUGGAAAUAUUCAGUAUUGAGCUUUAACUAACAUUUAUUUUCAUCAUUAAUUGAUAUAAAGAGGGUUUUUUCCUGUUAAUUAUUUCAUGAAAAAAAAAUGCCUAAACUGUUUAAAGGAAACUAUUUUUCCCUACAGCAAAGAUCUCAUUUAAAAACAUGGAGAAAAGCAGCUUUAUGCUUAUGUUGCCAUCAGCUUUUGAAACACUAUCAAUUUUUAUUUUAACUGGUCUUAAAAAGACAAAUCAGACAAGAUUAAUAUUCCUCUGUGCCAUAAGUUUCUGAACAGAAGCUAUUAAAAAUGCUGAACAGUGUAGUUUACUGGUGCUGAAUUGCUUUUUAGGAUUCAGCUUCAGAUUUUCCUUUUCCAUAAAGUUUAUAGUUAGAGUUGGGUGACCCUGAAUCAUCCCUUAGUUAUGCUGCUAGACGACUUCCCAUGAUCCACUGAGUACUCUCCACUUUACACGUAUUUAUUGGUCACUGCUGCAUGUCAUUAACUUCUGUAGUUUGUGUUUGGACCUGCUUGCUGGUCGUGAUCUCUCUGUAUUCUCCCUGUCUUGCCCUACUUAACCCUCAAACCCUAACUGGCCUAGGUCAGCCCUCUCUUCCUUUUUAAAAGGGAGUUCUUCCUCCUCGUUGUCACUAAGUGCUUGUAGGGGAUCAUCUGAUGGUCCUUAGCUCACACUAUGAAGCACCUUGAUCUGUGUGAUUUGGCCUUAUAUGAAUAAAUCAGAAUUCCCACUUACACAAUCUUGCUUCCUUAAACACUCACCAGUACAUCUCUGGUAAAAACCACAGCAUAAAUUUCACUUUAAAAGCUGAACUUUUAUAUUUUUGAUUUAUACAGGAAGUAGGAGCCAGAAGAUUUGUGUAAAAAGAGUGACUUUUUUGAGCUAUGAGGAAAAGUAUAGAAUGACACCAGUCAUAUUUUGUUAAAGUUCUGUUAAGCUUACAAAUAUGUAAAUCACAGAAGAAUGUUUCAGUUUUCUAUUUAUGUAUCAAAUAUAAAAAAAUCGACUUUCUCCUCCGUGCAGGAAGCUCUGAGUUUUUGUCCAAAUAAACCAACAAAAAAAAGUUCCAUUAAUUAUUUUCAUUAUUUAUUGGUCAUUGAUGGCAACUGAAUAAAUUAAGGCUUAUGAACAAACAUCAUAAAAAGCACCAUAAAUAAAUGCAUAUAUAGAAAUAUAAAAAACAAAAAGUAAAAAAUAAAAAAAUACUAUAGUGAAAUAUAAUGGCCACAAAUCACAACUGAGAUUCUUUCGACUUGAAAUCUUUGUUGGAUCCAAGAAGUACAGAUCCGACCCCUCGGGUAGUGCGAUUCAGUCAGAGGAAGCAGCAGAAUCGUAACAGCUGUGCUUGCAAUAAUCAAAAUGUACCAAGCGUUUACAGUGAUUGGCUGGUUAUGACGUUUCUUGGCAUUUUCGCCCACAGUGUCAAUUAUUGAACCGUUUUAGCAUGAAAAUCUCAACAUAAAUGAGAACACAGUUAAGCUAAUUAUUUGAUUUAUUUGUAACUGGACACAUAUCUCCUCUUUUGCUUGCUUUCAAACUUUGGAAAUCUCAUUUACCUCCCUUCUGAACAUCUUGAAAUCAAGUACUUUAAUGUCUACUUUAAAGUGUAUCUCAAAUGUCUUCUUUUCAGACAAAAAGGAUUUAUUGAUCUCACUGGCCGCCCUGCACUCUCCAUAUCAAAAAUUAAACUGGGUACACUUUGGUUUUCUUAAUAAAAAACAGAUUCUGCUACAAGACAUGAAACAGCAACAAACUUCUAUUAAAGGAGUACUGAUCAUUGUCUUUGGUUCAGCCUUUUCUGUUGCAGUUAGAUGCUAAUCACCACCUGCACAGGUGAGUUUGUGUGACAGUAGAAAACUCUCCAUGACCUCUGUUAUUUAUUGAUAUCUUGAGCAGCAGUUAUAAUGAGAGAAAGAGUCGCUGCACUGUGAGUUCUUACUGCAAGAAUGUCGGUAAUAACCAGCCAAGAAAAAGCAAAAGCAGCUUACAACUCCAGCCAGCACCUCACAACAAUGAGUUAAACCCAAAGAGCGCACAUGAUAACAUGGU